CGGAGGGCGGCAGGGCUUCCGAGCUGGCAGACAAAGGGCGUCUGUUCUUGUCCAGUGCACUUCCUGGGUUUCCAUUGCAGGAAGUUUGGCACCUGCUGAUAGGUGACAUCGACACCCGGGCUGCUGCAGGCCAGGAUGCACCCCUCCAUCCAGGAGUGGUGUGGCGGUGGAACAGACGGCCAAAGGUACUGGAGGCAGGCCAAUCUGGAGAGGUAGGCAGUGGUUACUCCCACUUUACAGAUGAAGACACUGAGGCUCAGAAGGUGGAGUGACUGCUCCAGGUCUCACGCUUAGUGAACGGUGGGCCGCAGAAUCCUGAUCGGCUUGACUCGCGACUCUGGCGGAUCCUAGAGCCAAACGGAGGUGUCAGAGCUCACCUACGCGGGACAGGGCAGUGGAGCUGGCUUGAACCUCCCGGACUUCGGCCUUUCCAGGAGAAUCAGAUCCCAGCCACACCAGGAGCUGAAGCCAUGGCCUCAAAGCCUGAGAAGAGAAUGGCAUCGUCUGUCUUUAUCACCCUGGCACCCACGCGCCGCCAUGUAACUGUGGCCAAGGAAGUGAGCCAGGCGGUUUGUGAGGCCCGGCAUGGCCGCCCCUGGAAGGCCCCUGCCCCCAUGAAAGCACCAGGGGCUGACUUGGCAGGGAGGCCCAGCCCCUGGAAACCCCCUGGCAAGGCUGCAGCCACAGUGCCAGCUGCACCUCUGCAGCUCUCCAAUGGAGUUGUAGGAUGCCCACCCCCUCCUCCUGUCCCGGAUGGCAAGGACGCACUUCCCGAUCUGGACCUCCUCCCACCCCCUCCACCGCCCCCUCCAGCACUCCUGCCUUCUGAAGAGGAGGCUCCUGCUCCAAUGGGCGCCUCACUCACUGCAGACUCAGAACAGCUGCACCUGCCCCUGCCCCCACCCCCACCACAGGCCCUGGCAGAGGUACCUUCAGUCCAGCCUGGGCCCGGUCCCCUCAGGCCCGUGGAGGAAGAGCUGCCACCUCCUCCAGCAGAGCCUGUUGAGAGAGAGGCGUCCACAGACGUCUGUGCCUUCUGCCACAAGACCGUGUCCCCCCGAGAGCUGGCUGUGGAGGCCAUGAAGAAGCAGUACCAUGCCCAGUGCUUCAUGUGCCGCACCUGCCGCCGCCAGCUGGCUGGGCAGAGAUUCUACCAGAAGGAUGGGAGACCCCUCUGCGAACCCUGCUACCAGGACACGCUGGAGAAGUGCGGCAAGUGUGGCGAGGUGGUCCAGGAGCACAUCAUCAGGGCCCUGGGCCAGGCCUUCCACCCCUCCUGCUUCACGUGUGUGACCUGCUCCCGGUGCAUCGGGGAUGAGAGCUUUGCCCUGGGCAGCCAGAACGAGGUGUACUGCCUGGACGACUUCUACAGGAAAUUUGCCCCCAUCUGCAGCAUCUGUGAAAAUCCCAUCAUUCCUCGGGAUGGGAAAGAUGCCUUCAAAAUCGAGUGCAUGGGAAGAAACUUCCAUGAAAAUUGCUACAGGUGUGAGGACUGCAGGAUCCUCCUGUCUGUGGAGCCCACGGACCAAGGCUGCUACCCCCUGAACAACCGUCUCUUCUGCAAGCCGUGCCACGUGAAGCGGAGUGCUGCAGGGUGCUGCUGAGAGCACCCUCUGGGUGUCGGGCAGUGAAUGGACCACUAGCCCCAGCUGGGGCCCUUCCCUGACUUGGUUUCCCUUCCUGACCUGCUCUUGCACACUUUCUUUCUGAGCCUCCAUAGGGACCAGCCUGCAAGUCGUCUCAGCCUGUCCAGGACACAGCGGGCUGAGUGCCCCCCAACCUUCCACUCCUCCUCUACCCUCUGGGCACCAGAAGACUCCUGGACCAUGAGCGUCACCCCCAGAAUUCCCUGCUGGGCCCACCCCACUUCCAGGGGAAAGCUGGGGGAAGUCUGCCGGGGCACUUGGACCCCUAUCACUGACUGUAGCUGCUUGGUAGGGGUGCUGGGACCAGCCUGGCCUGUUGUAGGGUUGAGCUGUUUGAGGAAAAACUCCAAGAUCCCUUAAAAAGUGCUUUUUAGGCCAGGCAUGGUGGCCCAUGCCUGUAAUCCCAGCAGUUUGGGAGGCCAAGGUGAGUAGAUCACUGAGGUCAGGAGUUCGAGAACAGCCUGGCCAACAUGGCGAAACCCCAUUUCUACUAAAAAUACAAAAAUUAGCUGGGCGUGGUGGUGCAUGCCUAUAGUCCCAGCUACAUGGAAGGCUGAGGCAGGAGAAUCACUUGAACCUGGGAGGCAGAGGUUGCAGUGAGCUGAGAUUGCGCCACUGCACUCCAGCCUGGAAGACAGAGAGAGACUCUGUCUCAAAAAAAAAAAAAAAAAAGAAAAAGAAAAAUGCUUUUUGAAAAUGUUGAGGUUGAAAUGAUGGGAACCAGCAUUCUUUGGAUUUAGGGUAGAGGGUAUAGUAGCAAACACCUCUCUGUGGUUCACACAUACAAGAAUGGGACCCAGUGGGGGCACAGCCCUGGACUUCCCCACCCUGGCAUAGGUUAUGCUAAACUGGGGCUGGGGCCCAGGUCCAGGAGGAGAGGUUGUUUCACAGACUCCCUGGGAUGUCAGCAGCCCCCACCUGCCUUCUAGCACCCUCUCCCAGUGCUGCAGUGAGUCAGCAGGCAUGCAGUGAGAGCCUGUUGCAUGCUGGGAACAGGGUGCAGGGGCCAAGCGUGCCUCCUGGACAUGUGACAGGAGCCAUGCGCCCCCCUCCCGUCCACAACACACGAGUACUUCUCCAAAAUGGUGCUGGGACAGGUGUCCCUUUGUCCCCCUGGUUAUGACCUCAAGUCCCACUUGGGCCCUGCAGCCCAGCCUGUCUUGUAACCACCGCCUCCUCAAGGCCACACCUGGAAGAUUCCUUUUGAAUGAGAAUUAACAUUGUUGCUUCAUCACUUCUAAGACAUUUUGCAGGGCAUGGACAAGUGAAACAAUGUGCUUUCCAGGCUGGGCGUGGUGGCUCACACCUGUGAUCCCAGCACUUUGGGAGGCUGAGGCAGGCGAAUCACGAGGUUAGG